CGAAAAUUUGGCAACAUUGUAAAGUUUUUAAACGUCAACAAACCAAACGGUUGUUUUGAUUGUUUCGAACGGCUUUUAUCAAUGUCUAAAGGCUUUUUUCAUUUUUUACAGGUAACAAAAACGAAAAUAUCGCUCGACAUUCAAUAGAACCGUUCCUAAACUGCGAGACUCGAGCUCCACCAUGUUUUCCACCCCCGCUAUAAAAGUUUAUUCAGAAAAUUCCAACGCAAUUCAAAGGAAACCUGGCGUGCAAAGCGCCAGGAAGCCUCUCUUCGAUAGAUCAGUGAAUAAAGCAUCGCUCAGCGUGAAAUCGGAGCAGAAGCAGAAGAAGCCGAUCGUAAAGACACCAAUCGUAAAGACACCUGCUCCUCAAGUUGAUAACAAUAUCGAGUAUUCUAACAUUGAAUUCGAAGAUCCUUUUAGCGAUGUUUGGAUGCCCUUGGAUAUCGACAAACACAUUGGAAAUGUGGUGAAGGCUUUGUUGUGCGAUUACUCGACGCCUCCCCCAUCGCCCCUGCGUAUUGACGAAGACACCUUCAUCGAUGAAGACCUGUUGAACCCCCCCGAUCUUUUUCCCGAGAGAAUAAAACCUUUGGAGUUACCCGAAAUUGAGUUACCGAAGCUGGUUUUCUCCGAUGACGAAGAAUUUCCUUAAUAAUUACCUAUAGUUAUUAGAAUUUAUACUAGGUUGUACAAGUUUUGGAUUUUUUUUUUAUUUAUCACCCUGCAACUUGAUGUUUUUAAGUAAUUGAAUUUAGUAUUUAUAUGUUGUUUUAUU